AUGAUAUCACAGAGCCCUGUAGUGUUUAAAGGGGGAGGGGAGCAGACAGAGACAUCAGAGGAAAAACGAGCCGGUAUCGACGAUGUGGAGACGGAGGUGGUGGAGAUCGAGGCCAAACUCGACAAGCUGGUGAAGUUGUGCAGUGGGAUGAUCGACGCGGGUCGAGCCUACGUCACUGCAAACAAACUGUUUGUGAACGGAAUCAAAGACCUGGGGACGCAGUGCAAGAAGGAGGAGAUGAUAUCUGAUUUCCUGGAAAAAUGUGGCGAAGGUCUCCAGGAAAUUGUCAACUACCACAUGAUCCUGUUUGAUCAGGCGCAGAGGUCCAUCAAGCAGCAGCUGCACACCUUCAUCAAAGAAGAUGUCCGUAAGUUCAAAGACACUAAGAAGCAGUUCGACCGUGUGCGCGAGGACAUGGAGCUGGCGCAGGUGAAGAACGCUCAGGCCCCGAAGAACAAGGUCCACGAGGCUGAGGAAGCCAGUGCUGCGCUGGUGCUGAGCCGCAAGGCCUUCAGGCACCUGGCCCUGGACUACGUGCUCCAGAUAAACGUCCUUCAAGCCAAGAAGAAGUUUGAGAUUCUGGACGCGAUGCUGUCGUUCAUGCGUGCACAGUACUCGCUCUUCCAGCAGGGAUACACCAUCCUCGACGAGGUCCAUCCCUACAUGAACAAACUCGCCGGACAGUUGGAUCAGCUGGUGAUCGACUCGGCCAUGGAGAAGAGGGAGAUGGAGCACAAACACGCUCUCAUACAAAAAAGGACGCUGAUGCAGGAUUUCUCGUACGACGAUCCAAAGCUGGAGUUCAACGUCGACGCUCCCAAUGGAGUCGUGAUGGAGGGAUAUCUGUUCAAACGAGCCAGCAACGCAUUCAAGACGUGGAACAGGCGCUGGUUCUCCAUACAGAACAGUCAGUUGGUUUAUCAGAAGAAACUAAAGGACUCUUUGACAGUGGUGGUGGAGGACCUGAGGCUCUGCUCCGUCAAACCCUCCGAGGACAACGAGCGGAGGUUCUGCUUCGAAGUCGUUUCUCCAACAAAGAGCUGUAUGCUGCAGGCUGAGUCUGAGAAGCUGCGUCAGGCCUGGAUCCAAGCGGUCCAGGCCUCCAUCGCCUCUGCUUACAAAGACAUUGGGGACAACUACUACGUGGAGCGCCUGGACCGCACGGCCUCGCCAUCCACCAGCUCCAUCGACUCGGCCUCAGACGCUCGCGGCGAGCGCUUCAUGGAGCGCGCUCAGUCAAGAGGAGCGGAGGGGCUGCUGCAGAGGGUUCAGACUCUGCCCGGCAACGAGGUCUGCUGUGACUGCGGCCAGAGCGCCCCCUCCUGGGCCUCCAUCAACCUGGGGGUCCUGCUGUGCAUCGAGUGCUCCGGCAUACACAGGAGUUUGGGUGUGCACUGCUCGAAGGUUCGCUCUCUCACUCUGGACUCGUGGGAACCAGAGCUUCUUAAAUUGAUGUGUGAGCUGGGGAACUCUGUGAUAAACCAGAUCUACGAGGCCACGUGUGACGAGGCUGGAGCCAGGAAGCCGGGUCCUGCCUCCUCCAGACAGGAGAAGGAGGCGUGGAUCAAGCACAAGUAUGUGGAGAAGCGCUUCCUGAAGAAGCUAGGGGGCGCUGUGCUGGUGGAGGCUGAGCGUAAGCACCGGCCGUGGACUGUGAAGAAGUGUCAGCGGAGCAGCGGCUCUAUGCGGCGCCUCAAAACACGCAGGAAAAACAAACGCUACGACCCGGGCAGCGCAUCGCCCGCCAACCUGUCUGCAGCCGCUGCAGCAAAGUUCCGUCGGGAUUCCUUGUUCUGUCCGGACGAGCUGGACUCACUCUUCUCAUAUUUCGACACCGGCUCCGGACCUCGCAGUCCGGCUGGUCUGAGCAGCGACUCUGGACUCGGGGGAAGCACUGACGGCAGCACGGAUGUCUUAGCGCUGGGCUCAGUGGUGGACAGCGUCACAGAAGAAGAGGAGGAGUCGGAGGAGUCUUCCAGUGGGGAGGUGGAGAUUGAGCAGGAGCCCUCAGACUCGGAGGACCCACGGGAGCUUCACCCCGGAGCCCUGGUCCACCCUGUGGCCCUCCUGCUGCGCGCGGCCCGGCUCCACAACCUACCGCUGAUGGCCGAGUCGUUAGCCCACGGAGCCGACGUCCACGCAGCCCCAGAGGAGGAGGAGGGCCGGACCGCACUCAUACAAGCUGUGAUCGGGGGCUCUCUGAUCGCCUGUGAGUUCCUGCUCCAAAACGGCGCCGAUGUGAAUCAGAGAGACAUGAGGGGGAGGGGCCCGCUGCACCACGCCACCGGCCUGGGGCACACUGGUCAGGUGUGCCUGUUCCUGAAACGAGGAGCGUCUCAAACUGAGGUGGACGAACAGGGACACGACCCUCUGAGCAUCGCAGUGCAGACCGCCAACGCCGACAUCGUCACGCUGCUCCGUUUGGCGCGGAUGAACGAGGAGAUGCGAGAAGCCGACGUCCCGUUGGGGCAGCCAGGUCAAUACCCGAGCAGCAGCCCCACAGAGCAGCAGUACAAGAAGUGUAUACAGGAGUUCAUCUGCCUCACCAUAGACGAGAGCUAG